AUGGCGUUUUGGGCUGCCGCCAACGUGAGCAAAACAGCUGCCCGAUGCUUGCGGGCGCGAGGCCCCGGGUUCCCUGCGGCUUCUCGGUUCGCCUCCCACCCAGAGCCUCCGGGCUACGGCCCUGUUGCGGGCAAGAAGCUGCACCUUACCGCGGGGUCCCUCGCCGGGCACAACAAAUGGUCCAAAGUCCGGCACAUUAAGGGUCCCAAGGAUACAGAAAGGAGUCGCAUCUUCUCCAAACUCUGUCUGAGCAUUCGCCUGGCGGUUAAAGAGGGAGGCCCUGACCCUGAGAGCAACAGCCACCUAGCUAAUAUCCUAGAGGUGUGUCGCAGCAAACAUAUGCCCAAAUCAACAAUUGAGGCAGCGCUAAAAAUGGAGAAAACUAAGGGCAUUUAUUUGCUGUACGAAGGUCGAGGCCCUGGUGGCUCUUCUCUGCUCAUUGAGGCGUUAUCUAACAGUAGCUCCAAGUGCCAGUCAGACAUUCGACAUAUCCUGAACAAGAAUGGGGGAAUGAUGACAGAAGGAGCUCGUCAUUCUUUUGACAAAAAGGGGGUGGUUGUGGUUGGAGUAGAAGACAGAGAGAAGAAAGCUGUGAACCUAGAGCGUGCCCUGGAGCUGGCAAUUGAAGCAGGAGCUGAAGAUGUCAAGGAAACUGAAGAUGAAGAAGAAAAGAACCUUUUUAAAUUUAUUUGUGAUGCCUCUUCACUGCAUCAAGUGAGGAACAAGCUGGACUCUCUGGGCUUAUGCUCUGUGUCCUGUACACUGGAGUUCAUCCCCACCUCAACAGUGCAACUGGCUGACCCCGACCUGGAGAAGGCUGCUCAUCUCAUCCAGGCUCUUGGCAACUAUGAGGAUGUGAUUCAUGUCUAUGACAACAUUGAAUGACCAGGACAUAUGUGCUUGUGGGCUCCUUCUUAGCAAGGGACAGCUCAUUCUGUAGCACAGGCAUCUGCAGCAAUCUUUGAGACUGAAGCAGGUGGGAAGCCUAACAGGUUAGGAGGUCAAAGGCCAUUACUCAUGGCUUUGAAGCCAGGGGAAUCAUACUUUCCUGGGACUGCUUUGUUGGCACUGCUGGUAUUUCAGAGCCCUCCUGGAUGCAGAGUGGGAUCAGCCAGCUGGUCUGACUGUGAUCUCAGGUAGUUGGCCCUUGUGGGAAUUGUAAACUCCUCAAGGCCCUAUAUAUUGAAAACUACUCUUUGUGUGUGGGUACGUCUAUGUGUGUGUUUAUGGUAUUAGGGAUUGAAUCAAGGGUGCUGUACCACUAAGCUCUGUCCCUAGCCCCUUUUUAUUUUUUAAGUCAGGGUCUUGCUGCCCAGGCUAGCCUUGAACUUGGGAUCCUCCUGCCUCAGCCUCCUGAAUCACUGGGAUAACAGAUGUGCACAACCAUGCCCAGCUGGAACUUAUUCUUAAAUAAUGACAGUGGUUGAUCUUGGUUGCUGCAUUGCUGUUGUAUGGCUCUUGAGCUUUUCUGCAUUCAUUUGGGUAUUGGACUUAUAGACUAUUUCAGUACUCCAUGCUUAGUUCCGUCGUUCAAUUCCAGAUUUUUGUUGUUGUUGUUUUGUAGUACUGGGGACUUCACCCAGGGAUGCUUUACCACUAAGCUAUACCCCCAAAUCCUUUUACUUUUUACUUUGAAACAGGGUUUCACUAAGUUGCCCAGUUUGGCCUUGAACUUGUGAGUCUUCUGCCUCAGCCUCCUGCGUAUCUGGGAUUAUAGGCAUACCCCAUUAUACCCAGCUUGUUGCUUAUUUUUUUGACUGGCCAUAGAAAUAUGAUUGUAUCCAGGCACUCUGUGGUCUAAUACUGGUCUUAUGGCUCAACACUGAUAUUCAUUCAUGUAACUAUUAUUUCUCAAACAUCUACAGUGUACAAGAACUCUCCUUAUCUAGAGCACAGACUGCUCACCUGGCACCUUGUGACCUCAGAGAGAAAAUGCAGGACCACUCUCUAUAGGAGCUGCCCACAACAGUGGGGUGUGCUGUGCGUGUAUCUUCAUUUGAUGUGGCCUCUGUGCCCUUCUGUCACCAGAGAGCUUAAGGUUCUAGCCCAGUAGAAAAUUAGGUGUCAGUGAUAAGGGACUCCCUAGGACCUCUUUUUCCUGACCAGUGUAUGUCCUGAGAUUGGUCAGAGUAGACCUGUCAGAAGAUUGGGCUACUCCCCAGAAAGCCAUCAUCAAGCUGAGUUUGAGUGCUGCAGGUACCUAGGACACCAGCCCCAGCUCCUUUCCACCCCAUAUGUGAAAUGAUAGGGCCCUAAGAACCGAAGAGGUCAUGGAGACAGAAGGAAGAGUGAAAGACUGAAUCAGAAGCCUGGGUAUCUUUUGUUCCUAGUAGUAACUUCUGGGUUCAGAGGGGCCAGGAAGGCCAACCACGAAUGCCUGUCAAGCGUUUUGGGCCUGGAGUGCCUUUUGGAUCCCUGUUAUCCACCUACUUGUAAGUUAUUUAAGCUAUUUCUGAGCUCAUAGUAAUUUUCCUGAAGGAGCCUCAGGUAAAUAAGGAUGGAAAAUAACCAAAACCAAAUUGACUAUAAAUCAUAACUUUAGCUUUUAGGAACAAUAGAUGACUAAUUUUACAAUGACCUUGAAAACCGGAGAGAAAUGGCUGUGGGGAAGAAAACUGACUGAAUAAUCCAAGAUGAUGUCAAACUAUAUGCCCUUGUAUCUCGUUAUUCAUAGUCAAACUACUACCUGGAAUUCUUUAUUUUGUAGGCGAUAACUCAUCCGAACAGCUGAUUAACAUAUAAUUAAAAUAUAGUAUAAUUUUAAGUUUAUAUGAGUUUAUAUGCUGCUUCAUACCCAACAAUUGUAUCAAAUAAGCCAAGUAUAUUAUGCACAGUUGAUCUCACACAGAUCAGGUGAGAACAGGUUCUAACACCACGUCUUAUAUUAAUAGACAUUGUUUAUAAAGUAUCUCUAUUUUUGGAAAUGUAAAUAUAAAUUAAUUUGGAAGACUGAUCAUUUUUAAUCUGAGAAAUAUGUAUAAGAAAGCCUACUCUUAUGUAAUAAUAUAAUAAUAUAAUAAUGUGAAUUGGCUUUCUCUAGCCUAGUAGAUAGAAUUUAUUAGUAUGGAUUGUUGCGUAACCAGUUUUCUUACAUCAAGGCUACUUGCAGAAUUGCAUGGUAAUAGCUUCUGUUGAAGAAGAUGGCUCUGCACUGACCCCUAGCGGUAUCCUGCAGUCUCUUGCAGUUAAUGUACAAGAGGAAAUGAAGGAACUCUUUCUUGAACCUGUUCUGCUGUUUCUAGUUCUGUUAAAGAGAUCUUGAGCUAUUUAAAUAAAAAUUGUCAUAUCAAUAUGAUGA